AUGAACUUCGAUAUAAGAGAUUUGGCAACGUUUGACGACGAUCGCGCGGAGACGCAAAGCCUUCUGGCACUACCGAGUACACGAAGUGAACACAAUGCAACCUCAUCGGAUCAAGUGGGCAUCUACUCCCCAGCCCAGCCGAACAUCUCAUCCAACCCUGAUGAAAUUGACAUGUGGGACUAUUUCGAAUCCACUAGGCGUUCCGCCAGUUACCAUUUGGAUGAGUACUUUCACUUUCGCGAGGAUGUAAGGAGUGAAUCCGCUCCUGAGCAGCCAGAGUUACAAGAUUUAGUGGACCAGAAGCGUAAAAUGCCAAAACAGUCGGCCUGGCGCCUAAAAGUGGCUCGGGAUAGCUUAUUGAACGAAUUGGAAACGUCGACCCACCUUCUGGACAUCAUGUCCGGAAUAGCAAAGAAAGGGCUAGCAAAGUAUUAUGUCCUUUUAGUCCUUCUGUAG